GAUUUAGUUUUAAUGGCAGCCGAUAAAUGAUAAAGUUGCUUUCAUAUGCCCCAAUAAACAAUAAUAAUCAUUCAUAGUGUACGUUACAAUAGAGCCGUGUGUUGUAGAAACUGGUGCAUUUACAUGUGGAAUGUAAAAUAGAUACUUUUAUAUUUAUAUAAAUAUAUACAUUUAUAUUUAUAUAUAAUAUUUUAUUUUAUUUUAUUUAUUCCCAGACGAUAUCAGAUAAAUUUGGUAUAAGCAAUGAUUUUGAUCGAUCAAGAAAGAAUGAAGAAGCACAUGGCUCGUGCUGUAUCGCUAAAGAUAUUUACAUAUUUGUUAACUUUACAAUUUUAAGUUUAAAUAAAAGUUUAUUUUGUGAAUAAAUAAGGAAAUGGUUACAACCACAGAAACUAUAACCAUGGACCCACAAGGAAGUAAUGGUUUGCCACAUGAUCUGAAGUUGCGUCCAAUAAAUUGUGAACUAAAUCCACUCACGCGUUCUGAUGGUUCCGCUUUGUUCACGCAAGGAGGGACCUGUGUACUUACUUCAAUGCUUGGUCCAGUGGAAGUAAAAUCUCAGAACCUUAAUAUAGAAAAGGCGCAUGUGGAGUGCAUUUAUCGUCCCAAAGCAGGCAUCCCAACGAUUGAAGAUAAAUUAAGAGAGAACGUUAUACGUGAUACAUGUGAGUCAGCUUUACUUACUAUGCUUCAUCCACGGACAACUAUUUCUAUACAAAUACAGGAAUUGGAUGAUCGAUGUGGUAUUGAAGCUUGUGCAAUAAACGGUGCUUGCUUGGCUUUGCUGAUUGGUGGUGUGCCGAUGAAGUUCACUAUCGCUGCGGUAAAUUGCAUAGUGAACAAAGAUGACAAUGUAGUACUCGACCCUGACCAUUGUGAAGCGAUAGGGAAACGAGCUAGUUUUGUAUUUGUUUUCGAUAGUUUGGAUAAGAAUUUAGUAACAGUUCACACAAGUGGUCGUUUUCGUAUGGCUCAAUUUAAUGAUGCAGAAUGCAUGAGUCGUGCAGCAAGUCAGAUAAUAUUUAAUUUUUACCGGCGAAUUAUUUCGAAUUUCCAUAAUAAAUCAUUGCUUACCGCUGAUAGUAAAAAACGCAAUACAGAAGCCGAGCCAGUAUUGAAAUCAGAACAAAUGGAUUUAUAGAAUAACUAACACAAAUUAAAAAAGGUAAAUUUAAAACUAUUUAA